AUGACUAAAAAACUUUUUUGGAUUUUUAUAGCGACUUUUUUAGUGGCAGUUGCUUCUUUUACGGUGUACGAAGACAAUUUCAAUGAUGACCCGUACGAUGUUGAUGACAACGAUAAUAAUGAGGAAAGACAAGGAAAAAUUUUGUUUCCUUUCGUCAGCAUAGUUAGAUUUGCGAAUGUGGAUUGUGCUAGUACGAACACGAUGAAUGGCACGUGCCUGGCUCGACGGGAGUGCAAUAAUCUAAAUGGAACAAUUACUGGAAGUUGCGCUGCCAGAAGAGGCAGAUGCUGUAUCGUUUCACGAGCGUGCGGUUCUGCAACAAACGUGAACAACACCUACUUCACCAGUCCAGGAUAUCCAGCAGCUUACGCAGGUGGACAGGCAUGUUCGAUAAUUGUAAAUCGUUGCAAUAACAACAUAUGUCAGCUCCGUAUAGACCUUCUAGAUAUGGUACUCGCUCAACCGAACGGUGACGGUGUGUGUGCAACCGACGCUCUUACGAUCACAGGAGGAAACACCAUUGUUCCCAUUCUCUGCGGAGACAAUACAGGACAAACACUGUUCGUAGACUUUAAUGGUAACGCAGCCAUUACGAUCUCCGUCACAGCUACUCUUGCCACAACAUUCACGAGACGGUGGAACAUUAGGUUGACUCAACUCGGAUGUGAUUGUCCGGGCUUAGCUCCUAACGGCUGUUUACAAUAUUACACGGGAAUAACGGGAACAAUUAGAAGUUUCAAUUAUGGAACGGCCGCAAACACGGCCCUUAGUGGAUCUUUGGUGACGGGAACGAGGCAGCUGGCCAACUUGAACUAUGGAAUAUGUAUAAGAAUGGAAGCGGGAUACUGUGCGAUACAAUAUGCACAGACUGCAAACGACGUGUUUUCUUUCACCGUCACUGGUGACGUGGAGGGGGCUGACAACACCGUCUUGGGUACUGCUGUAGGAGCGGUGAGCGGAGCAGCGUGCACCACCGACUUCGUUGUCAUACCAAACCCUAUAAUUGUGAACACCAACGUAGCCGCGGGGACUGAUCGAUUUUGCGGAUUAGGCUUCGUACCUGUACAAUCUGGGGCCAAGCCGUUCGUGCUAUACGUGGUGACGGACGCUAACGAAGGUGCUACCGCCGCUACGCCACCGGAUAUUGCCAACAGAGGAUUCUCUCUUGCCUAUACCCAAAUCGCUUGUUAAACGUAC